AUGUGUUGGGGGAUGGGUCAGAAGUUGCUGUGUCGGCGGCAAUAGGCAGAAUUGGGGUGGCUGGCCGGCUGGCGGGCGGUGAGUACCGACGUUCGCGGAUUGUGCGGAGCGGGAGAUGCGGGUCCGGGUCCCGGUCCCGGUAAGGCAAGAUGACCAUGACUCACAUUGGAGCAAUCGUGGCUGCGUUAACUGGAGCGGUAGCUUUCUUCCUUUACUCUUCCAUACACAAGAUUGAAGAGGGGCAUCUCGGCAUUUACUACAGAGGUGGUGCUUUGUUGGCCAGUCCAAGUUCUCCAGGAUACCACAUCAUGAUACCAUUCAUUACAGCCUUCAGAUCUGUUCAGACAACUUUACAAACAGAUGAAGUGAAAAAUGUGCCUUGUGGAACGAGUGGUGGUGUCAUGAUCUAUUUCGACAGAAUAGAGGUGGUAAACAGCCUUGCUCCAAGUGCAGUGUAUGAUAUUGCUAAGAACUACACAGCUGACUAUGACAAGACAUUGAUUUUCAACAAAAUUCACCAUGAGUUGAACCAGUUUUGUAGUGUGCACACCUUACAGGAGGUCUACAUUGAAUUAUUUGAUCAAAUAGAUGAGAACUUGAAAUUGGCUUUACAAAAAGACUUAACUGUUAUGGCACCAGGCCUUACAAUACAAGCUGUUCGAGUUACAAAACCUAAAAUUCCAGAGGCAAUUAGAAGAAAUUUUGAACUUAUGGAAGCAGAGAAGACACAGUUGCUUAUUUCUACACAGAGGCAAAAGGUUGUAGAACAAGAGGCUGAAACUGAAAGAAAACGAGCUAUUAUUGAGGCAGAAAAAGUUGCACAAGUAGCACAGAUUCAGUUCCAACAGAAGGUUAUGGAAAAGGAAACACACAAGAAGAUUUCAGAAAUUGAAGAUACUACUUAUUUAGCCAAAGAAAAAGCUAAAGCAGAUGCAAACUUCUAUACUGCUCAGAAGACUGCACAAGCCAACCAGUUGAAACUGACUAAAGAGUAUUUGGAGCUGGCUAAAUACCAGGCAAUUGCAGCAAACAGCAAGAUUUAUUUUGGUAGUGACAUCCCAGACAUGUUUGUGGAUACUAAUAUCUUUCAGCAAAACACUGAAAGGAGGACUGAGGAAGCUUCCUCCAGCAAGGAGAAUGACAAGGUAAUGUCUGCACCUAAAGCAGCAUCAAGCAAGAAACAAAAAGAUGCAAUAAAGGACUCCACAGAGACUGCAACUUAGUGUGAAUAUAUGAAAGAUAGCAAUGCUUUGUUAAAUGUGGCAGAAUAUGGAUUACACAACGUUGAUGGAUUAUGCUCACAUGGACUAUGGUACGACUACCAUCAGAUUGGGUGCAGCAUUAUAUUAAGGGGUACUUAGUGGUUUUAUAAAGUAAUGCUGGCAUGGCAACAGGAUGAAAUUUUGACAUGUUACUGAUGUCUAAAACUCUAACUAUGACCAGUGUUCCCAAACACUACUUCCAUGUCAAAAGCUGCUGUAUGUCUGAUACAAAAUGUUGCGCCUAACUGAAAGCUGAUUGUGACAUUCUGUGAAUUUACAAAUACAUGUAAUAAGGAUUACUUUGUGUAUUUGUAGGGAUGUUACAGCGUUUAUGGUUGGAAUGUCUAAAUGCUGUGAUCAAGUAUUUUGCUAUUGUGAUUUUGGUUAUGAUCAAAUCAACAGGAAAAUGAUUGACAGGUGUGAAGAAAUCUUUUUUAACUUUGGACAAGCUACAGUACUCUUAAACAGAUCAGUGGAAUUGGAAAAUACACUUUAGAAUUAUCAAGAUGCCAUUGUAUUUUCACAGUUCACAUGCCCCUAUUUACCUUUAUUAUUGGAAAUGAUGAAAAACAACCUUUCUAGUCACCAGUUGGCUAAUACCAUAAUCUAUGUUAAACAUGUUUUAUUUCUGAUAGUACAUAACUUUAUACUGCCUCUCAAAAAUACACCGCAGCCUCAAAAAUACAUUGGCAGCUGUGCUCUAUGACUACUUUUGGAAGGCAGUAAAAAGAUGUUGACUUGUAGACUACAAUGAGCACCUUUUAGGUAGCUUUGUGAAAGGAAGUGUUGAUUUUUGUUGGAGGUGCAUCAUUACCAUUUUGGGUAGAUUUGGGUGCUGGUGGUUUUGGAAACUCUUUUGGCAUUGUCAUAUUUCCUGUAGUGUAAAAUUUGGGAAAUCAUUUUUAUAAUUUUUCCAAUUUAUCAACAUUUUUCACGCUGACUAGAAAUCACCCAUUGCAGGGAUACAAUGCCAUUGAAGGCUGUAGUGCAUAGUCACUUGUCUUUAACUCUCAAAGUUGCAAGUUACAGUCCUGAUGUGGAAACCAGGUCGAAAGAUUUGCCCUUAAAAUUUGCUGUAGACGUUCACAACUUACCUUGAACUUUAGGCGAUGAUGCAAAUUUCUUAAAUUUCAUUAAUAGCCUUUUCUAAUUGAGUUUUCCCACACAUGUAUUGCUUAAUUGUUGGAAAAAUUAAAUGAGUUUAAAAUAAAUAUUAAAUGUGUUGGUUGAAUUGCAGGCAAAUGUUAAAGGCACUUUUCCUUGCAAAGAGCCCUUCUCUGAUUUCCGGGCAGUUGGUAUAUGCAGAUACUAAUGUUUAUUUUUGAUAAUUCGUCAUACAAUAGAACCAUUUUACAUCAUGCUGUGUGGUUGAUAUCUUGUAGUGUUGUAGCUUUUAUAUGCAAUGUUUGUAUUGAGCUAAUACUUACCUUUCCUCCCAGAUUUAAGGUAUUGAUGUGAAAAUUAAAUAUUGGUUCCAGUGGGUCUGACUUAUUUCUCAUGGUAUAAAGCUGUGCCUGUCUCAAAUGAUGUACCAAAAAAGUCUUCAAAAAAAUCUAUAUAAACAACUCGUUUUGGAUUGAUUUAACUUUGAUUUCAUUAUAUUGGGAUUUGUUGGGUUUUUAAUGUUGCUCCUUUUGGCACUGAAUAUACGAUGCAGCUUUGUGUCUUAGAUUGGCAUUUUUGAUGUGAAACGUACAAAAUCAUUUGCACUUAAGUAAUUCCAAAAUUCUGAUGUCUUAUCUCUUUUCAGUUGUUUAGCAUCUUAGGAUUUUUUUCUGCAUCUGGGAAAUUUAAGUUUACAUACAUUUUGAAACCAUCUAUUGGAGGAUGCUGAUUGUGUGCAAAGUGCAAGUGUUGAAUGCUUUUGAGCAGGGGUCUGGAAUUUUAUGUUUUUAAAAACAAAUACCUGGUGAAUGGGUUCGGAGCAUAUGAAGAACAUGAAUAACUCUUCUAAAACAAAUUUUGUAAACCAUAUAAAGGCGCAAAAUUGACCUUUGCCAAUAACUCAAAAAUAAACUUAUUUUAAUACCA